AUGGGGAUCGGCACCGUGGUCGAGGGCACAGUGAGGGUCGGUCAGCUUGAGGGGGCGAUCGCCAAGGGCACCGAGGCACCACCGGACGUCCUCGAGUUCACGUUGGAGGUCGUCGCCUACCGUGAGCGCCGGCAUGGCGAGCUAAAGCGAUUCCGGAACCGCGUCGUGGUGCGCUAUCAUUUUAGACCCCACCUGUCGGAGCGUGACACAUCACGGUGUGCUCGUUUCCGCGUCGAAGCGGGGGAUUUGCUGCGUGUGCAGGGGAAUUACUCGCUUCAUGAGAGUUUUGACGUUGUGUCAAAACGGCUCGUUGAACAUGUGAUCGUGGAGGCCGACAUGGUUGGGGUUUUGCGCGCGGCCUCGGUAAUGCCGCUCGCGGAUUCGAUAAACUCAGCACCUACACAUGCAAAAGGAUCAAAGUAG